AUCUUAUCUUUAGGUAUCCUCCUUAGUUCUUACUAUAUAAAUAUGGAGUCCCAGUCCCUUCCCCUUCGGCUUUGCUCAGCCAGCCAGCCCACACCCAACACAACAACAACAACUGCUGCUGCUCUCUUCAACCCCCAGGCCGCUCUCUCUCUCUCUCUCUCUCUCUAAAAGUUGAAUACAUCUUGCCUCACACACAUACAUAUAUAUAUAUAUAUAUCCCUGCAUCAUCCAUGGGUUGCUUGGCUUCCUGAAUGCGCAUACGUAUCUGUAAUUGUCGAUCGGCUUCUGCCUUAGACAAGAGAGAUAUAUAGUUCCCGGUGGAGGGAUUGAAGAUUUGAAUUUGGGUGGGGGCUUUGGGAGAUCGAUAUAUAUAUCAUCAUGGAAAUGGAGAAGCAGCCACUGUUAAACCUGUUGGUUGAAGAUAACUAUAAUAAUAAUAAUAAUAAUAAUGGAGGAGGAGGAACGAUGAAGCUGCCCGUAGGGUUUCGGUUCCAUCCCACGGAUGAAGAGCUCGUCAUGCAUUACCUGAAGCCCAAGGUCCUGUCUUUGCCAUUGCCUGCACAGGUCAUCCCUGACCUCGACGUUUUCCACACUUAUCCUUGGGACUUACCUGGUGAUCCGAGGGAGAAAAGGUACUUCUUUUGUAAGAGAAGAAGGAAUAAUUAUUAUGGGAACGGGUGGAAUGGAAUAAUCAAUGGGGGUGGGUAUUGGAAGGUGAAGGGCAAAGAAAAGUAUGUGUUGGGUGGUGGAAGCAAGCAAGCAGUUGGGGUGAAGAAAUCACUAGUUUUCAGGCACUGCUUUUGUGGGCGGCAAUCAACCAACUACUACUGGGUCAUGCAAGAAUAUCGCCUUCUGGCUUCCUCUCAAACCACUCUACCACUCUCUGCUGCCCUCAACCUCAGGAAACUUAUGCAGCUGGGAGUGGGAAUGGAGGAGGAUUGGGUUGUAUGCUGCAUAUUUCAGAAGAAGAAGAAACCCAAAAAGGGCAGGAGGAUUACUCCUUCUCCUAGUACUAUUGUGGAUACUGAGAUGGAAGUGGUAGUAGUAGUAGUGGAUUUCCACCAAAACAGUGGCAUAGGAGGCCCUCCUCCUCAGGCCGCCGCCUCCUCCUCUUCCUCCUCCUCCUCAUCAUCACGUGCAAGCGAGAUUACGGAAGUAUCAGCCAAAGCAAUAACAGAUCAGGAAGAAAUCAGCCCCUACCUACAAUAUUAAUAAUAAUAUUAAUAUUCAUUUCUUCUCUUCUUAACCUACCUCUCCUCCUCUUUUAUGAGAUAAAUAUCACCACCACUGACUCCUACUGUUCCUUUAAUUUCCUUUAAUUUAUAUAUGUAUGUGUAUUUCAGAUAAUGAUGAUCAGACAAGACGAGUAUGGGAAAUGAUUAUGCUAAUGAAAAUCACAUGUACUACCGUGCA